AUGUCAGGCUCCCUGGUUCUUUCUCAAGGCAAGCCCCAGAAAUUUCCCCAGAGGAAGAGAACCAUCUUCACGGACGAUCAGCUAAAAGCUUUGAACUCCAUGUUCAGCAGGAACCCGUACCCAGACCACCACCUCAAGAAAGAAAUGGCUGCAAAAAUGAACAUGGACCCAAUGGUGCUACAGGUGUGGUUCAAGAACCACCGGGCAAAACUAAAGAAAUUAAACUAUGGCAUCCACGCAGCCCGGCCCCAGCUCUUCCCCAGGGAGGUGGCCAAGGUCAGGGCCAAGGUCAGCCCUGGGAAGACUGAGGUGGUGGAGAGAUCGUCACCUUCCUCACCAACUACACCGCCCACGCCACCGCCGCCGCCGCCACCACACACGCUACCCAUGCUACCCACACCCGGUGCCCUGCAUGCUGCCCUCGGGCCAGCUCUGGUCUACACCCAUGGUGCCACACCCGCGUACCAGCUCCGAGUGUGCCCCAUGCACGAGGGCCAUCGUGGGGGUCACAGGGUCAUCCACUUCGGCUGCUGUGAGGACUCCUCCAUCUACUGCCUCCACCCCAUCUCCGCGUCCCCCAGCACCUACCCCAGCCGCCUGCCUGCCCCCAAGCCCUGCGGGGAGGGGAGAAGGUAG